GCCAAAGUGCAACCGUUUGAUUUCACGUUGUAAUUGUAUUUUAACAAACAAACAAACCCCAAAUUUCAUAGACCCACCACCCCUUGCAUUGCAAUUGCAUGAGUAACACCCACCCUUUUCAACUCUCUCUCUCACUCUCGGUAACCAUUUCCUUCCAUCAAUCUCGUUUUCUCAUUCACGUUGAUUCGCCUUAUUCUUAUUCUACAUUGCAAUUUGCAUGCUUCCAAUUUCAAUUUGGUUACUGUGUGAAGGGAAAAACAUGGGAAGGCUAUUCUUGAUCAACCUUGAAGGAAGCUUCUACAGCUGCAAGCACUGCCUCACUCAUUUUGCUCUUGCUGAUGAUAUCAUUUCCAAGUCUUUCCUUUGCAGGCAUGGGAAGGCUUAUCUUUUUGAUAAAGUUGUGAAUGUCACCGCUGGCGAGAGAGAAGCACGGUUGAUGCUCACAGGAAUGCACAUUGUUGUUGACAUAUUCUGUGCUGCAUGUGGGUCCCUUGUUGGAUGGAAAUAUGAGGCUGCUCAGGAGAUGACUCAGAAGUACAAAGAAGGAAAGUUUAUUCUUGAAAGGUUUAAGGUGUUGGGACCUGAUGGCAGCUUCUACUUGGCAGCUCAGGAAGCUCUUGCGGGUGAUGAAACUGAUGCUGAUGAUGCUUGAUUUUCUUAUUUCAGGACCAUAUAAUUUUGAAUUGUACAUUCUUUAUGCUUCAUGUUAAAAUCUGCUAUCUCAGUUAUUAGAUUUGGUAUAUUUGCAAUAGCCCUCUAUUAACAUUCACAAGUUACAACAGUUACAUAUUUCAAUUCAGAUUCAAACAUUUGUUUUUGCUUGUGUC